GGAAAAGCGUAAAACUAUCCUCAAGAUGUUUCACAAAACGGAUAAUAUAUAGAAUAAUCAAUCAUAAAAAUUAACGAAAAACUAUGAGACAUACUUGAAUAAUAAAUAUAUAAAACAAAAUGGCGAAAAUCGGGAGAGUUUUGGCAACUAUAAAGGCGGUUAUAACUAGGCUCGUGUUCGCGUGCCACGGGAUCAUAGCUAUUUGGCAGGUCACCUUUUUCAAAGACAACAUGGAGUACUGGUACUUGGCUUCGCCGAUCCUCCUGCUGAUAGUGGAAGGAGUGUUCACCCUCACUAUCAAGGAAAAUCAGGAAUGGAAAUGGUUCUGUCCGUCUGUGUUCAUCUAUCUGGUGCUGGUGGUCCCAGCGAUAUGGCUCAUAGAAUUACACAAGGUCGAUCUCAGAUUACAAAAUAAAUCUAACAUCACUCUCGCAGAGACAGAGAUACCCAUCCCAGGAGCGACGAAGAUUCCCCCUGACAUGUGGGUGACGUUGAUAGAACAGUUUCUCAUGCUGACCCUGAUAGUUGGCCGAUGGCUGCUGCCGAAAGGAGACCUCACCAGAGACCAGCUCAGCCAACUGCUGCUAGUGUAUAUAGGUACAGCGGCGGAUAUUAUUGAAUUCUUCGAUUCCUUCAAAGAUGAGAAGGUUGCCACUGAGAAGGUCCUAGUGCUGUUGACGUUAGCCAUCUGGUCCUGGUCUCUGGUCCAGUUCACCGUGGUCCUCACAGCUACCAAGUCGAGGAAAUCCCGAGGAACAGCGAAUAGGUGUGACAUAGGUACGUCCCGUGCCUGUUGUUGUUCCAUCGAGGUGUGCGCCAUCAUUAUGAACAUAGCCCUCCAGGACGCCCCCUUCCUCGCCUUCAGACUGCUCAUCAUAGCCCACUAUAAAAUUAUCAACUACAUGAACAUUUUCUUCACCUGUAAGAAUACACUGGUGAUACUGCUUCAAAUCUACCGCCUGUAUGUUCUGCACCUGGAAACGGUGGAGAACUCAGGAUCCGUAUACAGGAAAGAAAGGAAACACAAAUCAGAUAGGAAAGACAAAAAGAAAGAUAAGAAAUCCAGAGAUCACAAGAAACACAGCGAGCAAAAGACGAAGAAGACUAAAAGACGGACUGAAAACGAUGAGACCUCCAUCGCGGUGAUAAGCGACCCGCGAAAACAGGAGAGAGUCCAAGGAGGACAGAUCAGAGCAAUCAUUCUAACGAAUUCGGAUGAAAUAAAAGAAUUGAAACUAACGAAGUUAUUCAAAGAUCAAGUGAACGUAGAAAAUGAGAAGAAGAAAAUAUCAAAACGCAAGCAAAAGCCGGCCUCCUCUGAGGAGUCACCGAACAAACACACCACCGACGAUUCGGGAAUUUGACAUCAUCGCGUGCGGGACAGCCCGCGCGCUAGAGACAAGAGGAAGAAGAGACGCUCCGAUAGCACUGAUAGCUCGGAAAGCUCGGGGAGCUCUAGUUGAAUUAAGAUAUAAAAACUUUUUGAUCGACAUUGGCAGAAUAUGAUGUCUACGUGCACUCGUGACUCGAGCAAUGCUGUUAAGCAAUUGACAUUUUGAUGUUCUCCUAUUUUGACGUUUGUGACUUUGACAGCUGUCACUGUAAAGUAACAAACGUCAAAAUGUUAAUGGACGAACGUUUCAAGCGACUCGACUAAUGCCUGAAUAAACCUAUCUCUCUCUUUCUUUAAGAUUGAAGAUAUAUCUGUCUCUCUUUGUUGACUUGUAUUUCAGAAUCGAAUGUUAAUAUUCAAGACUUUGAAAUUAUAACUUUAUAAAGUUAAUUCUAUAUAAAAAUAUAUUAAAUUGUGGUAUUAUAUAAAAUAUUAAUGUUGUUUCGUUAUAAAAUAUAUUUUUAAUAGCAUCAAUGUUGUUCUGUAGUUUUGAUAUUAAAUUAUAAUUAUAGUACGUUGAAGAUAUUAUUGUAGGUUGUGGUUUUGUGUUUAUUGUAUAAUAUGUAAUGAAUUUAGUGCCUUACUCCAGGCAGGGUUAUACAUGUAGAAGUGAAGGGAUAUUUGUUAUUUUACAAUUAUUAUAGGUAUAGUUUAAUUUAAUUCUGCGUAAGUAUUAAGGUAGGCAUCGACAGCCUACAUGUCAAGCUUUUUAUAUCUUGUGGUAUUAAAUCUCAAUUUUUUUUUUUUUUUUUUCUAAUUUUCUAGACACAAUUUAUAUUUUAAAUAAUUAACCUUUAUGUCAGUGAUUUGACGAAGUCUUUUAAAUUCUAAAAACUAGUUUAACGCCUAGCUUUACUUUUUAUUUAUUCUAUCAAAAACUUUUUCCUGUAUCAUUGCUAUUUAAAAUUGUUAGGAGUGACGGUAAAAAUAAUAUGUAUUAGAUUUUAUAAUAAAAUUUUCAUUGUUG